AUGUCGGGCCUCCUCCGCGACCUGAACGUCGAUUCCGACCGCAUGAUGUAUAAUAUCGAGUCGACUUACGGCGUCCUCUUCUCCCAGCGGGUGCUCCUCGCCCUCAUCGAACGGGGCAUGGAGCGAGAGACGGCCUAUGGCAUCGUUCACAACCGCGCGAUGGAGAGCUGGGAAUCCGGCCAGGAUUUCCGGGACAUGAUGCGGUCCGACCCCGACGUUGGCGGGUCGCUGCCGUCGGAAGACUUGGAAGCCUUAUUUGACUACAAAUACUACGUCCGGCACGUGGACGAGAUUUUCGAGCGUGUCGGGCUGAAAUAG